AUGGCGCAAGAGGAGCGAGUGCUGCAGCAACAGGACGCGGUGCACGAGCAGCAAAAGACGUUUGACGCUUCAGGGAGUGGCGCCUCCACGUGUCUUACCAGCUCGCUCCGAUCGACAAAGCGCGUGCUGGAAGCUGGAGGUGAGUCGUUGCCACGGCGCCGCUCAUCUCAUCCGUCCUUGGCCUCGUGGCGGCGUCGGAAAAAGCGAUUGCGCAGCGUGCAGGCCCGAGUCCCACUCAUCUCCGUCACGUCACUGUACAAUCGGCUGCAGACUUCGGGUGUCGUGCUCGUGGAUUGCCGCAAGGGCGUCGAGUUCUCUCGGGGCCAUCUCCCGAAUGCGCUGCAUUGCCCUCAUGUCCAUACAGUGUCGCGUUUCUCAGCGCUAAGCUGUGUCGGACAAGUAGCAAAGACGGUUGACGACGUGCUCGAGCUUACUGCGAACGAACUGCUGCGCGAGAAGUUGAAGAGGAGAGACCUUAUUGAAGUGGUCGUUAUUGGCGGUAAUCACACGAGUGCGUCCUUCCUGUAUCGACUGGACUGGGGCUACCGCUUUGCUAAGAUGCUAAUGGAUGAAGGUCGCGUCUAUUCGGUGCGAUUUCUUGCGCAAGGGUUCCCAGCAUUUGUCGACAAGUAUCGCUUUCUGGUGACGUCGGCUUCCAUGCCGAGAUGUUCCGAAGAGCCUUUGGUCAGUGAAGUCAUCACCAUGGACUCGACGUUCACACGUUCUGCCGCGACAAUGCACUUUCCGAACGAAAUUGCUGACAGGUUCCUCUAUCUGGGCAACUUUUGGCAAGCCAACUCGGCCAAGGUCAUUGAGUCCUUGCAGAUCACGCAUGUGGUGAACAUGGGGGCUAUCACUGUCCAUCGGAACAAGUUUGCGCACGUAGAGUACCUCGACGUAGCCAUUAAGGACAAUGUGGACGUCGACAUUGCUCAGGAGUUUGACCGCACGAUCGAGUUUAUUCAGAAAGCGGCACUGGGCAAUGGUCGCGUGCUUAUUCACUGUGUCCAAGGCGUCUCGCGCUCGUCCACGAUCUGUAUCUGGUACGUGAUGCUUCAGACCAAGUGUACGCUGUCAGCUGCCUACAGCCACGUGCUGAAAUGCCGGCCUCUAAUCUUUCCUAAUCGAGGCUUCAUGGCGCAACUAAUCGCCAACGAGCGACAGCUUUACGGCGACCAAAGCGUUAUGGAGGAUGAACUGGAGCUGUUUCAAAAUGGUCUCUUGCCACCCGUGGAUCGCAGCGGCUCGGAGUUAUGCCUCACUUUUCUUCCGUAA